UAAAAAAAUAAAAUUCUUCAGCCUUAACAACCCUAGUCAUGGACUUUUGGAAAUGUCAAAAUCUAUCUAAAUUUUUGCGAAAUUACUGUGUGCAACAAUUAAAAGAGCUGUAAAGGCAAUAUUUAAUUAUAUACAAAAAUGCCUAAGAAAAUGGUAACCAAUUCAAAGGCGGCGGAGGCGCGUGAACGUAAGCAAGCUGUGAAACAAGCCAAUAAUGAACGUGCUGCUAAGGAGGCUGAGGAUCGACUAUGGGCUGACAAUGAUAAAAGUUUAGCCAAGAAGCAACAAAGGCGUGAGGAAGAAGAAAAGAAACGGGCUGAGGCAAUAAGACGAAAGACGGAGGCGAAGGCGCUACUCGAUCAAGAAAUGUCAUCCAUUAAGACGCAAGGAAAACAACCACUCGCAAAGAUCCAUCGACAGCAGAUUCUGGAAGAGUUGGAAAAGAAGCAACGUGCAAUUGAUGCCAUUAACGCAGCUAAACCACAGUUGGGAGCACGUGUUGUUUUGCCCGAACCAGUAAUCGAAGAAAAUCUGAACCGUUCCAUGGCGGACGUUGAAAUUGCAACAAAUGUCGAUCAAGCUUUGGCAGCCCUGAGUGUGAAAGACAACGAGGAAGACAAACAUCCGGAAAAGCGAAUGCGUGCUGCCUACAAAGCCUUCGAGACGGCAAACAUGCCACGUAUCAAAGCGGAAAAUCCAUCAAUGCGUUUAACACAAUGGAAGCAAAUACUUAUGAAGGAAUGGAACAAAUCGCCAGAAAAUCCAUUUAAUCAAGCACGUUGACCACGAAAUCCGUUACAGCAACGACAACCAUGAAGCCGUAAUUUUUAGACCUGUGAUUAUUUGACUGAUUUGCCAGAUUUAAUUUUGAAAUACAAUCGGUGAAUUCAAGUAUGCACUCUGGAUAGUGUUGAUUAUUUUAAUUCCUUGCAUAGUCUACAUAUGUACAUACAUAUGUGGUAUAUGUUUAUUUAGUUAAAAUAUUUGAAUAAUUUAUAAUUUUGUUGCGAAAAAUCUAAGAAGUAUGCAUUUCGUUUAAUUUAAAUACAUGAAAUAUUCAUAAAUAUUUAAACAAGCUAUAGAAAAUAGAA